GAAAAAAUAUUGACCGUACGAGGGGGUAUCCUGCGGUCCAUUUGGGGGUUGCGGAGGUGAAACAUAACGGUCGACUGAUUGUUAGGAGCAGCGGGCGGGCAAGGAGGGUUAUGAGGCGGCGGGUGAAUACCCUCCUCGUCACGUACGGGAUCAUUAGUUGGAUAUCCUUGGUCCCGUUGGCCAACCCUAUCCGAUAGCGGUGAUCCUCGUGCUUGACAUCAUUAUCCUUGGAUGCUGCGGAGCGCCAACGCAAUCCGAUCAUACUUCGUCGCGGGCGCCUUCAUAGUUUGAUCUUUUCGAUACUGCUUCUCGCACUUUUGCCUCUUCUUUGCCUUUAUUUCCGUUUUGUUUGUAUUUAUCUAACGUUGUCUCCUGGCAAUUCAACAACUUACUCAUUCAAUAAUUCUGCGAAAGUUGUGACAGUGCGCGAAGUUGUUUGUAAUAAGAUAAUAACUAAUCGUAAUCAACUUAAUUGUUAUGGUGAUCUAGUGACUUUCGACUUCGACAUUGUGGAUUGCGAGGAAUUGUGAAGGGUAAGCUGAUGUGAUUAAAGAAUGGCAUAAUUCGGUUGAUAAAAAACACAUAAUGAAUUAAUUUCUAAAUACAACUUUGAAUAACUCUGGCAGUGAUAAAUAGAAUUGAUGACUAUGGUGAAGAAGAAAAAUUGAUUGGAUAUAUUUUUAAUUGACUAUCGUUUGUACGGAAAGAAUUGGUGAUAAGUGUUUACGCGUAAAUAACAAAACGUUCUGAAAACAAUUUUAAUUUCUUUGUUGUAUUUGAUUGUUUUCUUUAAGAAUACAUUAAUAUCUGUGUUAAAUAACGAAGAAAAUUAAUAUUAAUCAUUUCCCGACGGCUAUAUAAUUGGGCAGUAUUCAGAAAAAAUAUUGAAAUAUAAUAAGUCUUAUAAACAUUUCAAAAUGGAGACGAGCGAUCCGUCGGGUAGACUAACAACUGAAGACUUAUCGGAUUGCAUAAGUGAUAGCAGUCAUUCGGAAUCUCAAUUAAGAGCAUUUCAAAAUUAUGAACGGAUCAAGGAGUUAAAUCUAUCCAUUGAUAAAACUAAAGAAGAUACAUCGACAGAACCAAAGGAUUUUCAUCUUAAUCUUGAAAGCGGCGAUAGAACGUCUCUUCGAUUCAAUGAGUUUUCCUGCGAAAACUCAACUAGAAAUCUGGCUAUGACGUUGAAUAAAACCAAGGAUUUUGGUUUCUCUACGAAUAAUUUGACUGAGAUUAAUUAUCCGCUGGAUAGAUCAAACGAGAAUGAGGAAUCGGCUGACGCUGUAACGCUUUGCAGAUCAAAAAAUUCCAGUGCUAAGAACGUGCUGUUUAAUCUGCGUGAAAACAAGCAAAGAAGUCCUCAUACGUCGUUAUCUUCCUUGGACAGGUACAGCAAGGAUCUCAACUUUGUAGUGGAAAAGGAAAUGAAGGACUUUGGUUUACUCAAGAACUACAAUCUCGAUCGUAUGAAAGAGUUUAAUUUUUCUCUGGACAGAAUGAGGGACACUCACAUUAGCAGUCUGGCCCUCGAAAGAUUGCGUGGUGGCGCCGGCCUGCUGGAAAAUUCGAGCAUGCUGGAUCACAAAGAAUUCAGGAACUUGCAAGUACAGCCGAGGAAUUCCGAUCUCGAAGCCAUAGCUUUGGAGCGCAUGAGACGCUCGCAUUUGCUUGGCACGGAAUUGUCCGCACAAAAUUUGUCGACGCAAGUGCCACACUCGCACUCGAUUACGCACAUGCAGCAUUCUCAACAACAACAGCAACAACAAGCGAAGUCCUUUACCAUCGACGCGAUUCUGGGUCUAAGGAAUAAUCAGCGAGAAAAACGAAGUCAACAACAACAAUACAGAAAGCAUCAAGGUCAAGAAAGCUCAACAAAAAACGGCAGUUCGAGUUCCAGUUCUGGUGGGGGCGGCAAAGUAAAAAGGGUGCGAACAAUUUUUACGGCGGAACAAUUGGAACGUCUGGAGGGUGAAUUUGCACGUCAGCAAUACAUGGUGGGCCCCGAAAGAUUAUAUUUGGCUCACGCACUUCGAUUGACUGAGGCCCAAGUCAAGGUUUGGUUCCAGAAUCGUCGUAUCAAGUGGCGAAAAUUACAUCACGAACAACAAAGUCAGAGAGUACAUGAGUUUCAGCGUACAUUAAAUUCUUCGUUAGAGCACGAAGACAGCAACGAAACCGACAAAUGGUGAAACAGAAAACCACGAUCUAUGCGCUUCUAGAUCGUGAUUGUCACCUCGUUCCUUCUUCCUGCUCUCCCUUUUCGUUAUCCGGAAACCGAGAAGUUAUUCUAUACAGAUGUAGUUAUAGAUAAGAUUUCAAAUGUGCAAUUGUUAAUCUCCUGAAGAAGUCAUUUUUUAAUUACUUUUUAAAGAAUAUUCAUGUUCUUUCUUUCUUCACUCUCAUCUUUGCGCUAAUUAUUGUACCAGUCUUAAUAUUGCACCAGGAAGUUUCAAUGUUUUUUGAAGAAAUUGUAUAUGCAUUGCAAAUAGUGACAAAAAGAUUUACUGCAAAAAGAUAUUAUUAAUUGUACUAACUAAUUUUUUAUUUUUUAAAACAUUUCUUUCAUUAGCUUGCUUCAUUAGCUAGCUUAACUUAAAAUUUCCAAAUCAAACGUACAAUAUUUUAUUUAAAAAAAAAAAAAAAUUGUAAAUUUACUCGCGUGAUCAACAAAUUGCUAUAAAAAUGCAAAGUAU